UUUUUAUUAGAGUGAAUAUUGUCGAAUAGCUCCAUCUUAAGCCGCCCUCUCUCUCUCUCUCUCUCUCUCUCUCUCUUCUCUCUCUCUCCUUUCCUCUUGUCUUCUAUCCGUUCUAGGGUUUCAAUUCCAGCUGCCUGAGGUUUCACAUAAAAUAACCCAUUAUGAUUUAAAAAGCACACUUCCUGAUAUUACUCUAAUUAUUCCAUUUUGUUUCACAUCCAUUGCUGUGGUGAGUGUAUGGCUUCAGGUUUAGAUUUAGGUUCUUCAAACCCUUUUCUUCACCACCUCCAGAGACCUGACCUUCACCUCCAAAACCCGCCAGAUUCUGAUGACAAUGACCCCAACACCCCACCAACCCACUUCUCCGGCGAUGGCAACAACCUCGACCUCGUCUCGCCGUCCUCGGGGUCCGGCGACCUGGUUACCCGCCGUCCCCGCGGGAGGCCGCCGGGCUCCAAGAACAAGCCGAAGCCGCCGGUGAUCGUCACCAGGGAGAGCGCCAACACACUCCGGGCCCACAUCCUGGAGAUAGGCAGCGGCCACGACGUCUUCGAGUCCGUGGCGGUGUACGCGAGGAGGCGGCAGCGGGGGAUCUGUGUCCUCAGUGGGGCCGGCACAGUCACGGAUGUGAGCCUCCGUCAGCCGGCGGCGGCCGGCUCAGUGGUGGCUGCCCUGCACGGCCGGUUCGAGAUCCUGUCCCUGUCGGGGUCCUUCCUGCCGCCGCCAGCCCCACCGGGGGCCACCAGCCUUACAGUGUUUCUGGCAGGGCCGCAGGGCCAGGUGGUCGGGGGGAACGUCGUCGGCGCGUUGAUAGCCUCGGGGCCGGUCAUCGUGAUCGCAUCUUCUUUCACAAACGUGGCUUACGAGAGGCUGCCUUUGGAGGAGGAGGAGGCGAAUCCGAUGCAGCAAGGGGGCGGCAGCGGAGGAGUCAGUAGCCAGUACCCAGAUCCUUCAUCAGGUUUGCCAUUCCUCAAUCUUCCACACAACAUGACUCAUCAGUUAGCAGUUGAUGGGUGGAGUGAAAAUGCAGCUGCAAGGCAGGGUUAUAAUUGACCCACAUGAAAAUUAAAUUAACCACACUUGCUGUAAUACUCACUUGCUGUCUGUAAGACAUUCUCUCUCUCUCUCUCUCUCUCUCUUCUCCUGGUGUUCCUUUGUUCAUUCUUGUAAGUUUGAUACUGGUGAUGUGUGAGGAAAGACUUGGCUAUAAUUGUGGAGUUUGAUCUCCUAAUUUGGACUUUCCAUCCUCA